CAAGUCGGGUCUUGGCAACGCCUGCUCGCACGCUCUAGCAGCCUUCCGGUUUGGGCACCAGCCGCUGCGCAGCCAUGUCUGAACACUUCUCCUUAGCCGCCUGCGACGUGGUAGGCUUCGACCUCGACCACACGCUGUGCCGCUACAACUUGCCUGAGAGCGCCCGGCUCAUUUAUAACAGCUUUGCUCAGUUCUUAGUCAAGGAGAAAGGCUACGAUAAGGAGUUGCUCACCCUGACCCCAGAGGACUGGGAUUUCUGUUGCAAGGGUUUGGCUCUGGAUCUGGACGAUGGGACCUUCUUUAAGCUUGCGGCUGAUGGCACUGUGCUCAGGGCGAGCCAUGGCACCAAGAUGAUGACUCCAGAGGCAUUGACCGAGGCCUAUGGCAAGAAUGAGUGGAGGCACUGUGCGUCAGACGAGCGCUGUGCAUCAGACAAACGCUGUGCGUCCAAACCCGACAUUCCUUGCUGCUCAGGAAAGUGUUAUUUCUAUGAUAACUACUUUGACCUGCCUGGGGCUCUUCUGUGCGCCAGAGUGGUGGAUUCUUUAACAAAGCAGAACAGAGGUCAAAAAACAUUUGAUUUUUGGAAGGAUAUAGUUGCUGGUAUACAACACAAUUUUAAAAUGUCAGCCUUUAAGGAAAAUUGUGGAUUCUUCUUCCCGGAAAUAAAAAGAAAUCUAGGCAAAUACGUGUACCGCUGUCCUGCGUCUGUAAGAAAGUGGCUUCAGCAGCUGAAGGAUGCUGGGAAAGUCACAAUGUUGAUCACCAGUUCUCACAGUGAUUACUGUAAACUUCUUGGCAGUUACAUCCUUGGGAAGGAUUUUGCAGACCUUUUUGACAUCGUGAUCACAAAUGCACUAAAGCCUGGAUUUUUCUCACAUUUCCCAAACCAGAGGCCUUUCCACACUCUCGAGAACGAUGAGGAGCAGGAUGAGCUGCCUUCUCUGGAUAAACCUGGCUGGUACUCCCAAGGGAACGCUGCCCACCUUUAUGAGCUUCUGAAGAAAAUGACUGGCAAGCCUGAGCCCAAGGUCGUUUACUUUGGUGACAGCAUGCAUUCAGAUAUUUUCCCAGCCCAUCACUAUACUAACUGGGAGACAGUCCUUAUUCUUGAGGAGCUUCAGGGGCAAGAAGCAGAGAGGCCUGAGGGAGCAGAGCCUCUGGAGAAGAGAGGGAAAUAUGAGGAGCCAAAGGUAAAGCCUCUAAAUUCCUUAUCUAAUAAAUGGGGCUCAUACUUUACUGACUCAGUCUCAGGACGAGGGAACGCCGAAGACUCCCUGGUUUAUACGUGGUCCUCUAAGAGAAUCAGAACCUACAGCACGAUUGCAGUCCCCAGCAUUGAAGCUAUUGCAGAAUUACCGCUGGAAUAUAAGUUCACAAGAUUCUCUACGAACAACUCAAAAGCAGCUGGCUACUAUCCAUUGACCCACUGUACCUUGGGUUCUAAAGACACAGACAGCAAAAUAAUCUUCACUGAAAAAUGAACCAACCAAAUGUGCAGCAGACAUACUGUUGAAAAAAAAUAUUAAUUUUCCAAAAAUGCAAAUGAUUUAUAAGAACAAUUUUUCAAUGAAAACUUACCAAGUGCAUACCUGUCAAUUUGUCUUUUUAAAAUAUAAAUGAUUUUUAUAUCUCAUAUUAAUGUUUAACAGUUCUUAGUAUAUUAAUAUUUUUAGUGCCCUAGACUAAAAAGGAACACGACUCAUACUUUCUACACUGGCAGUUUUUAGGGUUCUCCUGCAAUGAUAACAAAAGUAUACGCAAGGGUAUAUCUAUCUACCUACCUAGCCCAGCAGUUUCCAAAGCCUGGUCCACAAGUCUGAUAGCGCGGAGCAACAUAGAACUUGAAAAUGCAAGUUUGAAUGCCUCAGUCCAUUCCUCCUGAGUCAGAAGUUGGGAGUGGGGCCAGCAAUGGCUUUAAACAAGCCUUCCAACUCAUCUGUGAAUCUUAACUAUGAUUUGA